UCUCAAUUGUACAAACGAGUUCGAAUUUCGAAUUUUCUGUGGGAGAAGCAUCGCGUCGUGUGCGUCGUACGCUUGCUGGUGAAAAGUGCGCUGUGAAUUACGUUUUUUUAUUUGUUUGCACUGUUUGUUCUAACAAAUUGAAAUUAAAAUACCACAGUGUAUAAGAUCUACCUUACCGAGAAAAGACUAUUUGGUUUAAGCCAACCUUGCAAUUUUAAUCCGAUCCCCAGAUAAUUAUGAACCCCGACCAUUUAAAGGACACUCAUCUGUGCAUUAGGUGCAACGCCACUAUACUUGGACUCACAAAAUACAUUGAGCAUCGAAAACGAAACUGUAUCGUACCAGAAAAGCAAAAUGUUUCGCCAAAAGCCGAUGGACGAGCAAGAAUCUCCUCUGGAACUGAAGUGUCACCGUCGAUUAUCAGUAGCAGUAAUUUGGAUCACACAUAUGAUGGCUUCCAGUUUACGGAACCGGACGCUCCAAGUAGUUACCUCCGCAAAACUACCGCCAGUCAUGGAGGAAAGACCUCAAAGUCCUUGACGGAAGCUUAUGAUCUUCCGUACGAGCUUGGAGCCGAUCUUUUCUUUUCGUCCCUACAACUGCAGAGCGUGGCCACGGGUGGGAAGAUAGUAUCGGUGGCCCGUCAAGAGCGAAGCAAAGAUGAGACGUGGGUCGCACCAACUGGCGAUCCCCUACUGAAAGCAGUUAGGGAGCACGAUGAAACGGUGUUUAAGCCGCUUCACUUUGACCAUGAGUCACCAGAAGCGAGUGAAGAGGAGGAUGAUGAGGAUGAACAAGAGGAAUUUGAUGCGGAAGAAGAUCACGAAGAGUACGAUGUAAGGCGUCAGUCACCGCCCAUUGUGCCCGCCAGUCACACAGGUGGUAAAUGGAAGCCGGAAUCGCGGCCGCAGCUACGACAUCCGCAUAUAGAACGCCUCUCGCCAAGUUGGGAUGAGCCCUCUGAAGAUAACUACAUUCAUCCUCCAGCGGACCAUACAAAAGGCAAAUGGGUUCCGGGUAGCAAACAGCUGGAGUACAUCGAAAAUAUAGAUCUUACUAAGCUGGACCAACCGGGGGCUAGUUAUUGGUGCAACAUCUGCUGUAGGCGACUGAAAAGUCGAUUAUAUUAUGACCAACAUUUGAAGAGUGGUUACCACAUUAAAAGAGCUGAAGCAGAGUGCGAAUUAGAGCAAGCUACUCUAGGCAGAGAACUUACCCUAAGCAAGGACUUCUCAAUAGAAGGCAAUGAGGACAAAAAAGAACAAAAGCCACCAAAACGACAGAGGAGAGCAAAUCUUCUGCGAUGCGAUCUAUGCCGGCACACGAUGGCAAGACAUUUGAUGGGCAAACAUUUAAUCUCCCAUUUUCAUUUUAGAAGACUCCAGGAGCAGAGUCGAAUUAGACGGCAAAAGUGCUUGCAGGAAAUACUUAAGCAUAUGGGAAGCAUAGUGAGGCAAUCUCCUUUUCAGUGCUUGCCUUGCCGAUUCUAUGCUAACACUGAAGAGAACUUCAUACAUCACUGGCAAUCCCACGAGCACUUGCAGCUAACAAAGAGACUGGGGGGAACUUUUUGGUGUGCCUUUUGUCAGUUUAGCUCCAACACCAAUAAUUCUAUGUUGCUUCAUUUGCUGGACUCCUCUCAUAAGGAGGUGCUUUUAGCCCUUAAUAGAUCGGUUCCCAUAUACAUAGCCCAAAGAAGACGGCUACAGUGCUCUAGGUGUGGAAUGGAGUUUUUGUACAACAUUCAACUACGUCGACACUUUAUCUCUGAUCAUCCGGGACAUGCUCUUACAGGGACGGCAGCCGAUGAAUACCAGAGUAGGUUUCGAUGCAAUUUGUGUGGAUCUUCACAGACAUCUCGUUUAGCUCUUCAACGUCAUAAAAAGCAUAAGCACCUCCUGGCAAGGUAUUUUUGUGCAAUCUGCCGAUUAGAAUUCGACUCCUCUUUGGAUGCGCGACGUCAUAGAAGCUUGAUGGAACAUAAGCAAAAAGCAAGAGCCCAAAUGACUAUUUUACCACCCGAAAAGGAAAUAGAACAUAUGCUAAAAGAAGUUUUAGAGGAAGCAGCUCCGAGUUUACCCGCCAAGAGGAGUGGGGAUAUUAGGUGCGCGAUUUGCAAAAAAACGUUUGAAUCGUCUCAAAGCUUAACCAAACAUCAAGCAGAAGUUCAUUCAUCAGAUAAUCAUUUGUGUUUGAGUUGUGGUUCAAGCUUUAAAUCUGCUCAGUCACUAGGAAGACACACACGCAGAUGUCAACCCCUGGCCAGCACAUCAUCCCCCCCUCAUCCAUUCCUAGCCCAAAAGAAAGCAAUCUACUCCUGCGAUCAAUGUCAAUUCCAAUCUCAAUAUGAGUCCGAUCUAGUUUAUCACCGAAUUUUUCACACAAGAUCCGGAACAAUAGGAAAGAACGAGCUUCUUCAGUGCCCCUUGUGCCCGAAGAAUUUCAAAAAGCACUCCCUUAGGCCUCACCUAAGGAACCAUACAAAUGAAAAAAUUUUUGAAUGCACGGAGUGCCUUCAGAAAUUUGCCAGAAGACACAACCUGAAGAACCACGUUAUCACGAGGCAUGGUAAAGUAGGUGAUCAAGACCAGACUGAAUUUUCUAAAAAAGAUGUUGAACAAUCAAAACCCAAAUAUCAGUGUGGAACAUGUGGAAAAAUACUGGCCAAAAAGUAUUCCCUUAAACUUCAUGAGAUCAGCCACUCGAAGACAGUUCAGCGCCUCUAUCGCUGCCAUUUUACGGACUGCUCGUAUGCAGGGCGAACCCCGGAAAGCUUAAAAACUCACUUGGUCUCCCACUCUCAGGAAAUACACAAAUGUGCGCGGAACAACUGCAGCUAUGUGGGAAAGAGCGAGCUGCACCUGAAAAGGCACCUCAAGUCGGCUCAUUUCACGGAGAAGAGUAGUGAGGAGUGGUUUUCGUGCGAUCAAUGCGAUUUCAGAGCCCGAUUCAAGAGUCACCUCCGUCGGCAUUCGUUGCGCCACUCGGGCCAGAAGCCCCACCAAUGCCCCCACUGUGACUUCCAGUGCAGCACAAUAGAUAACUUACGUAAGCACAUCAUCAAGACGGGAAAGCAUCCUGGAAUGUUCAUUUAUCAGUGCGUUAAAUGUUCCGAGGCUGCCAGCGAAAUAUUCAAAAGCAACAGUUACAAAGAGUACCAAUAUCACUUGGAGACUCACAAAGCUGAUUAAGAAAGUAUUGCAGGGAACAUUUUUACAAAAUAUUAUUUUAUUUGCAAGUUUGAUCAACUAAAUUAAUCUUAGAACCCUAAUUUUAGGUUCAUAACAUAUAUCCCGUACGUAGUACGUUAUGUGGAUUGAUGUCUACUACUAAAAUAAUUGUUUAUAAAACAGAAAUGUUAAAGAAAAACGAGAGAAUGCUGUAGUCGAGUUCCCCGACUUUCUGAUACCCGUUACUCAGCUAGUGGAACUGCAAAGGAGAAAU